AUGACCCACCAAGCCCAUAGCUACCACAUAGUCGACCCAAGCCCUUGACCACUAACAGGCGCAAUAGCAGCACUUUUAAUGACUUCUGGGCUGGCAGUAUGAUUUCAUUAUAACUCCACAACCCUAAUAACCCUAGGACUUGCCACAAUGCUUCUUACAACAUAUCAGUGAUGACGUGAUAUUGUCCGCGAGGGCUCAUUCCAAGGACAUCAUACUAAGCUAGUCCAAAAAGGACUACGAUACGGCAUGAUAUUAUUUAUUACAUCUGAAGUCUUUUUCUUUAUCGGUUUCUUCUGAGCCUUUUACCACUCAAGUCUCGCACCUGCUCCCGAGCUGGGCGGCCAAUGGCCGCCAAGCGGUGUCAGCCCACUCAACCCAUUUGAAGUACCGCUACUAAACACUGCAGUACUACUAGCAUCCGGCGUAACAAUCACCUGGGCCCAUCAUGCUAUAAUAGAGGGCAAUUGAAAAGAAACAACACAAGGACUAACACUAACCGUUCUUCUCGGGGCCUAUUUUACCCUACUACAGGCUAUAGAGUACUUUGAGGCCCCCUUCACUAUUGCUGAUGCAACAUACGGGGCAACCUUUUUUGUUGCAACAGGCUUUCACGGCCUACAUGUCAUCAUUGGCUCAUCGUUUCUCCUAAUCUGCUUAACACGACAAAUUAACUAUCACUUUACAACCGACCAUCACUUUGGCUUCGAAGCAGCUGCAUGAUAUUGACACUUUGUAGAUGUUGUCUGACUGUUCUUAUACAUCUCAAUUUAUUGAUGAGGCUCAUA